GGCAUGAGCAUCAUUAUGAAGAAAUUGUGUUUGCUUCUUUUAAUGGCGCAACUCGUGUCCUCAAGUAGAAAACUAAACGAAAUUCUCGAUCGCGACGAAUGGAUAAACAUUGCCAAGGAAUACAUAAGGAAUCACAAGCCGUAUAAAGUGAAAACCUACGAACCGUAUAAGCCGCGAGUUGUAAAUUUAACCAACACAUUUGGUGGAGAUUUUUGGGAGACAACCACAGCAACAACAAUCGCGGAAUCAACGACUUCAACGGAGACAACUACUUAUUUCACUGAGGAUAUAUCUAUCACAAGCACUGAUAGUACGACAUCUCAACCUGAUUUUUCCACAACAGAAUCAGGUUUUGUUACUUCAGAACCGCCUGAAACAACCACAAGUAUUUUAGAUUCCACUACAACAGCAUGGCUGGCAAUGACCAGUACUGAAGACACGGAUUCUAAAACAACCUAUGAAUAUUCUACAACGACAACAAAGCCCGAGCUUACCAGUACAGAAUCUUUAGAAGUUACUACGGAAUCAAAUCCUAAUAGUUGGGAAAUUUCGACAUCAACAACAAGUCCGGAGUUUUUCAGUACUGAAUCCUUGGAGUCCACUACAGAAACGAUUUUAAGUAGUACAGAAUUUUCUGUCUCAACGGCUACGAUUGGAGAUUUUUCUACAACAUCAAGUCCGGAGUUUUUCAGCACAGAAUCAUUAGAAAAAGGUCAAAGCACAGAAUUUCCAGAAUCAAUGACUGUUGUUGGAGAUUUCUCUACAACAUCCAGUCCGGAAUUUUUUAGUACGGAAUCCUUAGAAUCUACUACAGAAUCAAUUUUAAGUGGCACAGAACUUCCAAAAUCAACGGCUAUUAUUGGAGAUUUUUCUACAACAUCAAGUCCAGAGUUUUUUAGUACCGAAUCAUUAGGUAAAAGUCCCAGCACUACAGUUUUACCGGAAUCAACAACCCAAUUUUUAGAAACCACUUCAGAAAUAUAUGAUGUCAGUACAGAAUCUUCAGAAACAACCACUACAAUAUCUACAGAUUAUCAAAGUACAACUGAAACAAUAGAAACCUCCACAGAAGGACUUUUAUUAACCACUGAAAACCCGGAAACCACCACGUCACUACUGGAUAUAAUUGCCACUACUCCGGGCUUUGAAACUUCAACAUCAUAUUUAGAUACAGUGAUUGGUAGUACAGAAGUGGAAACUUCUACUACAUCAACAACUUCAGGAUUUCAUUGGACAACAACUGAGAUAAAUAAACCUCAAGAAGAAACCACAACUAAACGAAGAUUGAGUGCCGUUGAGGAAUCCGUGAGGCAAAGACCGAGAAAAUUAAAGUAUUCUUCAGAUACAGAACCUGAACUUUACUGGUACUAA